AUGGCCCGUGUGGCGUGGAGGCUGCUGCUGCUGCUGCUGCUGCUGCUGCUGCCUGUCCAGGCGCCCGGGUUCCAGGGCAGGAGGAAGAGGGGCCACAAGGUGAUCCGAGAGCCGUGCGAGCAGCACAAGGAGUGCAGGAGCGACUGCUGCGUCACCAACCACCUGAGCCCGCAGCGCUUCUGCACGCCCAAGACCUUCUUCUUCCAGUGCCGGUCCUGGUCCAAGCCCAACGGGUACAGCUGCCACGAACACUGGGAGUGCCAGAGCGACUGCUGCGUGAGGAGCAGCCAGGUCCCGCUGCAGUUCUGCACCUCCAAGACCAUCUUCCUGCAGUGCACGCCCUGGCGCAAGCCCAACGGAGAAUUCUGCAGAAGCCACAGCCAGUGCUGGAGCCAGUGCUGCAUCCGCCUGUCCCCCAUCAGCGCCCUCCGCUGCUACGCGCGCAGCGGCAUUCUGGCCCAGUGCCUGCCCCUGGUGAGUCCACCGCCCCCAUCUUCGCAGGACAGCUGUGCCCGGGGCAAAAGGCAGAGGCCCCUGCUGGACCCCGGCUCAUUUGUGACGUGGGAGAGUGUGUGGGGCUCGGGGCGGCGUGAGCCCUCGGGUCUGGCUGGACUCUCAGGCCUGGCUGGAUCCAGGUGCACAUUAAGGAAGGGCUGUCACAGAGGGGCCAGGGGGACCAGGACACAGCCAAGCCCAGGGGCUGGGUGGGACUGGCCGAGUCAGAGCGCCCGGCCUCCUGCAUGCCACAGUGCGUUGUGCGGGCGCCCCACGUCAGGCAGUGGCUGGCCCCUGGGGGUCCUUGCCCAGCCGGGCUCGUGGCUCCCCCACGCUGGCGGUCCUGACGUCUGGCUGCCCCUAGUAAUGGCGCCCAGGCUGGACUGCAGAGAAGCUGGAUUCCCGCUGGCUUCUGGGUGUGAAAGCUUCGCCGCCGGAGGCCUCGGGUGCGCGCUGGUGGAGGCGCGAUGUGCGGCCUCAUGGCCGCGAAAUAAACCCCUGACCACGAGGCGGCGUCUCCUGUCUUCUUGCUGCUCGGCAACGCGGCCCCACCCGCGGAAGCCCGGGCUGAGCAGCCCGAGGGAGCCGGGGUCAGGCCCGCCAGCAAGGCACGAAGACGUCCCUGGCCAGCCCGUGGGCAGAGUGAGUCGCUCCUUCGACGGCACAGGCGUCCCCGAGAGGUGCGCUUGGACGCGGGCAGCGCGCCUCCCAGAGCCCGUGACCCUUCCCGCACCUUCCGGGGAGCCUCCUCGUGGCGCGGGUGCCCAGCCCUGGCCUGGCUCCGUGCGGUCCGCCGGCGGCCGCAAGCUGGGCCUCGGCUGUUCCCGGAGGCUUGGUCUCCCAGCCGAGGUGUCCUUAAGGAGAAGCCCCCGAGAGACCCUCAGCGUGCGGCCCGAGGGAAACUGAGCUCAGGGAGGAGCCCAGAAUCCGGCGGGCCAUCCGGUUUGCAGGCACUGCCUCCCACCUUUGCUCUGCAGCUGGCUGUCACCACGUCCUGACGGCGGACAGCAGGGUCCCCAGCGCAGCCCGCUCAGGGCCCUGCAGCUUCAAGGCCAGCCGCAAGGUGGCGCUGCAGCCUGGGGGCGUGGCCCGGGCUGCUCCAGGGAGGUGGAGUCCCACCCUCUCCACCGCCGUGCCCAGGGUCCCUGACUGUCCCCUUUCCAGAGGACCCACUGGCUGCUGGUGCAGGGUGGUGCCUGAGAGGCACAGCAACCUCCACCAAGGCCGGUGACGAGCAGCCUCCCACCAGGAUCUGCACCCCGUGGUGAGUCAGGAGCUCUGCUCCACUGUCCCCUGCUGCUUCUGUCACCUCCUCUGAAGCAGCCCACAUCUGCUGACCUCGAGGGGCCUCCCCAGCUGCCUGCAAACAUGGCAUGCCCUCG